GUUGCUGUUAAGACUAAGGUGCUGCAGCUAUGUGACUCUCCGAAGGACAUUGGAAGUGUUACCCAAGUAGAAGAUAAGGAGGAAUCUCCUGUGACAACCGAGCCAACUACCAAGGUACCCGAGGCUGUUCUUGCUCAACCAGCACAUGAUGUUGAUGAAAAUAUAGAAAUUUCCCUCGAUAAUGACUUGAAUAUUGAAAAAACAGAAAACACGGGCUCGAGUGUAACUGCGCCAGAAACGGGCUCCAGUGACAAGGUUGAGCCCUCUGUCAUUGAGGUCAAACCUCUUGACGAGGACAUGGACAUCUCAUCAGCUGCCUGGGUAGAAGUAGAACAUCAAGAAGUUACUGAUGUGGGUGAAAGUGUGACAGGCGAGGAUGUCACCUCACCAGCAAUCGAACCAUUGCCAUCAUCAAGCCCAAAAAUCCGACAUUCAUUGUCACAAAUGUUGCAAGCAGAUAGCAACGAACCAGAAAUUAUUGAGUGGGGAAAUGCUGAAAACCCACCUGCAAUAGUUUUUCAUAAAGAUUCUCCAAAGGGAUUCAAGAGACUUCUAAAAUUUGCUCGGAAAAACAAAGGAGACAACACUAAUGGCUGGGCAAGCUCAUCGGUAGUUUCUGACGGAGAAGAUGAACAAGAAGAAUCUGGUGCUAGUGAUGGUGCAAAUUCGAGCAGGAGAACUUUUGAUGGUUCCAAGACUAAUAGCAUCUUGUCAGCUCAAUCAACCACCAGCAGCUUCAAUGCCACCAGCUCAGAUAGGCUACGAGACAGGCCUGCAGCCGCGCCAUCAACUACAGCAUCAAGAUCAUUCUUCUCCCUCUCAAACUUCCGGAGCAGCAAGACCAAUGAGUCAAAGCUUCGAUAGCAUGCCUUGUUAUACAUUGAUAGUUGACCCCUCCCAAGUAGAUGUACAAAUGGUUUGAGGUGAUUGAUUGUUUGGACGGAGCCAGGUUGUUGUGUCUCGUUCUGUUUUCCUGCUGUUUGAUAUAGCCUCUUACUAGUCAUCCCCAUAUCAUUACUUUCCUGAUUGUCUUUCUGUACAUCGUUUAAGUAUUCUUUUUUCUUUUCCUGUUGUUUGAGAUGACGGGUAUGUUUCCUUGUUA